ACACACAUAUAGGGACACAGAGAGAGAGAGAGAGAGAGAGAGAUGGAGAAGCCGCAGUUGUCUGUCGUUAUCCUCGGUCUCCUCGCUGCUUGCUGGCCGGCCGCCUCGCCCUUUCCCAGUGGAGCUCCUCUAGGCAGCUGCCAGACCAUGGCCCCCAGACACGCCGGUGCGAGCCCCCAGGCAGGAGCAUCCCCCUACUCCAUCAUGGCUAAAAGUUACAACGACAAAGUGGAAGUGAAAAUAAUGGGCCCAACCUACAGAGGGAUCCUACUGGAAGCACGGUAUCCAAACGACAUGCUUGCAAUUGGUACAUGGUCAGCACCGCCAAAUGACACGAAAACAAUACCGUGUUUCAGCAAGGCGAACAGCGCGAUUACUCAUUCGAACACUAAUCCAAAAAACAACAUGACUACUUACACCUGGAUCGUACCAUGUUCAAAGAACGAUACAGUGGUAUUUCUAGCAACUGUUGCCAGGAGCAGAGAAGAGUAUUGGCUAAAAUUGACCUCUGAAAAUGUCCAUUUAACUUGUUCUGGUUCUGUGAGAACCCUACAUGGAUUUUCUGUGCUUGCUGUGCUCAUGAUUUCAGGGCUGGCUAUGCUCUAAGCAGCACAUUAUGUUUUGUAAAUUUCAUUUGGGUUUUUAAUUGUUGUUGUUUAAAAUUGGAUUGCAUUCUGCAAACAAUUGCAUACUUGAAGACCAAUUAUCAAACCAGUUCUCAGGCAUCAAUGUUCGAACCCAUUUCUACGGAGAGUUGAUGGCGCAGAGUUUAUCAGCUCACUGACUUGUGGAUUUAUGGAUGCAGCAUAGUACUUUGAUGAGGUCUUAGUAAUUUGCAAGCACAUUAAGUUAUUUUUUAAAAAAGGUAUUCUGCUGUAUUUUGACUCGGUUUUAAUGAAAUGCACAGGAGAAUGUUGUACUGCAAGAAACUAGCAAACAAAAUUAAACUUAUCACUCAGGUUUCAAUGAAAAGAAGUUUAAGGAUUUGUUUUCAUACGUCCCUUACUGUUAAUUGUGCAAUUUUAAAGAAAAUAAAUAGGGACCUUUUUUAAUUGAAUAUGAUUGUCUUUAUGCCAAGAAGAAAAUAUAGUCUUCAACAUACUUGCUUGAACUUUUUUUUAAAACAACUCUUGAAUUUAUAGAAUUUACAGCAACUGUCAAAAUGAGCUCUCCCAUUUGAAACACCAGCACUAAUCAGAAGGUCCAGUCCAGUCCAGUAUUUUAGUUGGAGUUAAGUUAGUGUGUUCACUAGAAGCUGCAAAUUGGGAUAAAAACGUACAACUUUACACUUUUGCAGUUUUCAAGGGAUAAAAUCAGAGUGUUGGGGAAGGUGGAGAGAAAAGAAUGGGAACGAUCUAAAGCAAUAAGACCAUAUAUAAUGAAACGAUUAGUGGAUAGAAACAUGUGGAUAUUAACGAAGAAAAUUAGAAUCUUUUACAAUUACUACAUUGAAUAGUUGACCAUAUUUGACCUUCUUUGGAAUUGGAAUAUAUUGUACAUUAUAGUCAUUGCUACUACUUUGGAAUAAAGGUUUCACUAAACAAGUUUUACUUGCAUUUUUUAAAAAGUUUAAGAAAAUGUCCGAACACAAUGGAAGCAAUAUAUUGAUAAAUCCAAGUUUGUUGUGUAAUGAGCAAACAAUAUCCUUUUGACUGUCUUUAAGAAGAGCUCUGUGGACAUAGAACGUGUUUGUAGUUGCACCUCUAAUCGUUUUUGCAAAAUCUUUCAUCAGCAUGUUAUACAAUGCUACGAUUACUGUACAAAUGGACCAGCAUCUGUAACAUAAAGUGCUACAGGAACAAAUUACUGCAGAUGAAGAGUCAUCGGGACUCAAAAUGAUAGCUUGCUCUCUCUCCAUGAAUGCUGUCUGACCCACUGUGAUGUCCAGCACUUAUUGUUUUCAAGAAAGUGCUACAGGUUUCACUCACUAAAGUUAAGCAUGUUGAAGCAUCUGUGGUAACAAAAGAAUAAUAGUUAUAGCACUGAAGGAAGCCAUUCAAUUCAUCAUGUAAGUGCCAACUCUCUGAGGGAGGAAUUCAACUAAAACCACAUUACAGGGAUAAAAAGUAAUCCUUCAUCUUCUUCAGAUAAUAAUCCAGUUUCUCUUGAAUCUAUUUCUACCAAAAUCUCAGGCUGUGAUCCAGAUCCUAACAAUUCACUGGGUGAAAGUGUUUUUCCUCAUGUUGCCAUUGCUUCUUUUGUCAAUUUGAAUAAACCUGUUAUAAAAACUGAAAGAACUGCGGAUGCUGUAAAUCAGAAACAAAAACAGAAGUUGCUGGAAAA